CUUUCACUUUCUCCUUCACGCGUAUAUUUGUGUUUGUUUUGCUUCAGCUACAAUUCACAGGAAGACGUAAAGUAUUAGGAGGUCUUUUUGACGUGCAGAGACUCUUCAGGAGUCUUCAGGACUUUUAGAAACUUUACCAAGGCUUUUCAGGGCUGUUGUGAAAUGGCUGAGUCACUACUUCAGGAUGACGACCAGUACAACUGCUCUGUGUGUUUGGAGCUAAUGAAGGAUCCAGUAACGAUUCCCUGUGGACACUCUUACUGUAUGACAUGUAUUAAUGAAUACUGGAAACAGAACCAAUUAAGGAAAACUCAGUGCCCUCAGUGCAGGCACGAAUUUCCUACAAGACCUGCACUGAACAAAAACACACUGCUGGCUGAAAUCCUGGAGAAACUGAGGACCCCAAAGUUUCAGGGUUCUUUUCCAGCUCUGGGAGAAGUUGAGUGUGAUUUCUGCACUGGUAGAAAGCUGCGAGCUGUGAGAUCAUGCCUGCAGUGCCAAGCAUCAUACUGUGACAUGCAUCUACAGCCUCAUUACAACGUUCCUGCUCUGAAGAAACACAAGUUAGUCAACGCCACCGAAAUCCCCACAUGUCCGAGACACGACAAACUGCUGGAGGCUUUUUGUCGCACGGAUAAUAUGUGCAUCUGUAUGAGCUGUGUAAUGGACGAACACAAAGGCCACAACACGGUUUCAUCUGCAGAAGAGAGAGAGGAAAAACAAAUCAUACUGCAGGCUAAUAAACACAAAUUUGAGGAGAAACGGCAAGAAAAGCUGAAAAAGCUUGACGAGUUGAUGAAAGCCACCGAGGCUCACGCACAGGCCACACAGCAGUCAGUGGACGACAUAGACCAAGCCUUUAACUCCCUAAUUGCUUCCCUUGAGAAAAGCUACCUUGAGCUGAUCAUGAAAAUCCGGGAUCAGGAGAAGAUCUACAUGGAUCAAGCUGCAUAUCUUCAGGAACAGUUGGAGCUUCAAAUUGCCACACUGAUGGGACAGGAAGACUUCAUAGACAAUCUUUUAGCGAAAGAGGAUAAUGUCCAAUUCCUCCAGAACUUUGAGAGCAUGCCCACUCCCUCUGCGGAUGAAGAGUCGUCCUGUCACACUUUAGAGCCGCUCGACUUUUUUAAUGAUGCGAGUGACAUGAUUUCUGAGUUUAAAGAAAAAUUGGAUGAUUUCUGCACACAGGAACUGGACAAUAUGUUUGCAAAACAUACUUGCCAUAUCAAGAUCGGGGACAGAGUUCGUGUGAAGUCAUCUGUGAAAACACCUAAAUUUAACUGGGGCUGCACCGUCACACACAAGAGUGUAGGCGUAGUCAAAUCUGUGAAUGAUGAAACUCUGAUCGUUGACUUUGAAGAUCAUAAAAACUGGAAAGGUCUCCUGUCUGAAAUGGAGCGUGUAACUGUGGCUGAUGAGUCAGGAAUUUCAGCUCAGCAGAGGAGCAUUAAAAUUGGAGAUCGAGUCCGAGUGAAGCCGUCUGUUAAAAAUCCAAAGCAGGGUUGGGGAAGGGUGACUCACCAAAGUGUGGGGGUGGUCAAGGGUCUUUCUGAGGAUGAAAUUACUGUGGACUUCCCAGAACAUUCUGACUGGAUGGGUAGCGUCUCAGAGAUUGAAAUCACAUCCUAAAUCCUUAUGAGUUAAUGAGAUUAUUAAUUAUUGAGACCUUUCAUUUCUAACUGUCUGUCUUUUUUUUUCAUUUUUUUUUUGUUAAAAUGCAAUAAUAAUAGAAAGGUGUGAUGGUCUGAGAAAAUUAUAGCAGAAUUAACAAUGAAAUGACUGUUUUUUUCUCACACAAGUGAGCAAUUACAAAUGAUUCAUUUUGGAUUGUUUUGAAAUGGGCUAAGCAGAUUUCUUUUUCUU